AUGGGACAUUUUGCAAAGGAUUGCCCCAAGCCAUGGCAGAUGAGUCAACCUCAGGGAUCGUCCGAAAAUGCCAGGGUGCAGCAGGGAAAAGUGUUUCACCUAACUCGGCAAGAUGCGGUAGAAGAUCCAGCAGUAAUCGAAGGUAUCAUGUCUACAUCUGGUAUUCUUAUGCAUGUUUUGAUAGAUUCAGGAGUAAGUCAUUCAUUCAUUUCAUAUGCAUGUGUUGAAGUACUAGGGGAAAAAUCGAAAAACUUGAACUGUCGUAUGAUUGUGGCAACCCCAAUGGGGAAGUCUCUAGAAACCACUUCAGGAUACAAAAAUAGGAAGAUUCAGAUAGGAGAAGUUGAGUUCUUGGUGGAUCUAAUCCUUUUGGAAUUUCAAGAUUUUGACGUGAUUAUAGGAAUGAACUUCCUGACCAAAUAUAAUGCUACAUUGGACUGUAAAUCUAAGACAAUUUGUCUCAAGAGCGGAGACUCGAACGUCAAGUUUCAAGGGAAAAAGAGGGCAAAUGAAUGGAAGUGGAUCUCUGCUCUAAAGGCUGAGAAACUAUUACGUCAAGGGGCAUAG